UUGAAACCCGGAGAAAUGGAUACAGUCGCAGGCAGCAAGAGUUAUAUUUCCUCCCCGUUGUAAUAGAAGACAGCAGUUACCCCAUCCAGAGCAGCACGAACACAAUGACUAUUCGAGUUUGUAGAUGUGACUCUGACGGCACCAUCCUGUCUUGUAACGUGGAAGCAAUUUUCCUACCUGUUGGACUGAGCACUGGAGCUUUGAUUGCAAUCCUACUGUGCAUCGUUAUACUCUUAGCCAUAGUCGUGCUGUAUGUAGCACUGCGGAGGCAGAAGAAGAAAGACACCCUGAUGACCUCUAAGGAAGACAUCAGAGACAAUGUCAUUCAUUAUGACGAUGAAGGAGGUGGCGAGGAGGACACCCAGGCUUUCGACAUCGGCGCUCUGAGAAAUCCCAAAGUGAUCGAAGAGAACAAAAUCCGCAGGGAUAUAAAACCAGAGUCUCUGUGUUUACCUCGUCAAAGACCACCAGUGGAAGAUAACACAGACAUCAGGGACUUCAUUCAUCAAAGGCUACAAGAAAAUGACAUGGAUCCAACCGCCCCACCGUACGACUCGCUGGCCACCUACGCCUACGAAGGAAAUGGGUCUGUGGCAGAGUCCCUCAGCUCUAUAGACUCUCUCACCACAGAGGCCGACCAGGACUACGACUAUCUCACAGACUGGGGACCCCGCUUUAAAGUCUUGGCCGACAUGUUUGGCGAAGAAGAGAGUUAUAACCCUGAUAAAGUCACUUAGGAGAGACGUGAAGGCUAAAGUACAACUGAAAGGAGAAAUUUUUUAAAAAGGGAAAAAAAAGAAAAAAACACCAAUAGAAAUCACAUGCACACACGCGCACACACACACACACACACACAGACCCCGACCCGGGCUUUAUUGGACAAGAUUCCUUUGAUUAUCUGGUUUCUAGCAAGUUGCUAUAUAUUUAUCAUAUUGUCAGUUUUGGUUUAUUCUGCCGACACAAGAUAAAUCCUAUAAUAUGUACUUUCUUUGUUUUGUUUUGUUAUUUCAGGAACACACUGAGACAAGCUCAGGCCUAUUAUAUAUAAUUUACUGACAUGACAACUAGAACGAAGAUAGCUAUGUGGCAUCACGGUGGAAGAGUGUUAGAUUUUUCUUAAUUCCACUAAAGUGCCUAUUGAAACUCUUAUCAUUUAAAGGGUAUACAGUGCACUCUGCUGUGAUGGCAUUGCAGGAUUCAGAGAUAAAGAAGACAUAAAACAAAGACACCGUCUUUAUGUCAAGGAGCAAUAGCAACAUGCUGACUCUUCUCGUUCCUUCCGAGAGAAAAAUACUUUCUGAACUCCAUCUUCUUAUAGAUCAAAGCAUUCUUUUUCUUUUUUUAAACUGUAUGCCGAAGCAUAAUUUGUUUUUAUU